AUGGGUUUGGCAAUCUACCUCGAUCCCUGCACGAUAAACUCGCGCAAAGUCCUUGCUGGAUUGGAUCUCAUUGGUGCGAAGUAUGAUUACAACUACAUCAACUACUUCACGGGAGAGCACAAGUCCGAUGCCUUCACCAAGAUCAACCCCAUGGCGACCGUUCCCGCCGCCACUGAUGGCGACCUCGUUCUCACGGAGUCCAACGCCAUUCUGAUGUAUGCUGCCGACAUCAACAACGCCGACUCAGCCUAUCCCAAGGACCUCAAAGCACGUGCUGAUGCCAACCGAUGGCUCUUGUGGGAAGCCUCCGUCUGGUUCCAGACCAACUACGUCUACGUUGUGGAGUACGUUGUCAAGCCCCUGCUGGGAGCCGAAGCAGAUCAAUCCAUCAUCGACGCAGAGGCUCCCAAGUACGCCAAGAUCGCCGGUGUCCUCGAUGCUCGUCUGGGUGAGACUGGCAAGUGGGUUCUUCCCGGUCCCAACCCAAGCAUCGUUGACAUGGCAAUCGCCUCAUCCAUCCACCUCCACGAGGCAUCUCGACUCCCCCUCGCCCAGCACAAGAACAUCACCCGCUGGAUCCGCGAUGUAGAAGCUCUAGAAAGCUGGAAGAAGACGCAAGGAGCGGUCGACAAAGCUCUACUGCCCAACAAAGCCGGCAGCGGUGGUGGCUCGGAGGURCGAGCAAAUUUCAACUACUCUCAAGAUCUCGCCGACCAGCUGACGGAGAUAUACUUUUACGAAAAAGAAGGCGUAAAAAAGCCCGCUCAUGAACCCGGCGAUGAUCCCCGUACCGUCACCGUCCACAACGGCUGGGAUCGAGCCUCGCAAUUUUCCGUGGACAAGGAGGGUUUCGCCCUCUUACCAUUCCCAACAACAUUUCCCAAAGAAAAAUUCCAUGAUGAAGACCAAACCCCUGUACAGAAUGAUUUUUACCCCGAAGUUGUCGAACUUCUCAGAAAAGAACUGGGAGCGAAACGAGUCCUUGUUUUCGACCAUACCAUUCGAUCUCGCGCCAACGCAAACAAAGCAAUCACUCAAGAAAAAAACACCACACAACGCGCCCCUGUAGCUCUCGUUCACUGCGACUAUACCUCCGAAUCCGCCCCCAUCCGCGUCAAACAACUCCUCCCAGACGAAGCAGACGACCUCCUAACCCGUCGAGUAGCAUUCAUCAACGUCUGGAAACCCCUCAACAAAGUCGAAGAGAACCCUCUCGCCAUGUGCGACGUGACAUCCUCUCCUCCGGAAGAUUUCUUCAAAUUAUAUCUCCGAUAUCGCGAUCGUACGGGGGAGAAUUAUGUUAUGAAAUUUAAUGAACAGCAUCGAUGGAUUUAUUUUCCGGAGAUGGAAUCUGAUCAGUGUAUUUUGUUGAAGACGUAUGAUUCUGAUGAAGGGAGGGCGCGGUUUGUGGGGCAUUCGGCUUUUGUGGAUCCGAAUAGUAGGGAGGAUGCGCCUUUUAGGGAGAGUUGUGAGAUUCGGACGAUUUGUUUCUUUUGA